AUGCGGUGGCCGGGACGGCUUUUUAUUUGGCCGUUACUCGGUGUACUUCUCAUCUUUUUGCCGAUUUUCACAUACGAAUCUAUUGUCGACGUUCAACUACAAGAACUUCGAGUUGGAGAUGAACACGUGUGUCCCCACGAAGAGCUUGAAGUGGUCACAGUGAAAGAACCAUGUGUACAGGCUUACACAAAAUAUGUGCGAUCGAGGAAACCUGGAUGUGAGGGUCCUUUCCGAGCGUGUUCCGUUCGACAACCAAAAGUUGUCUAUUAUCACACAUACAAAAAAGUGAAUCGAACAAGGAGACACACAACAACGGAAUGUUGUCCUGGAUGGGAAAGGACACAAAAUGGAUGUCAGAGAGCGAAUUGCUCCUCGGAUUUGUGCCACAAUGGAGGUACGUGUCUUCCAAUUCGAAAUGGCACCGAUCAGUUGUGUGAGUGUGCAACGGGAUUCACCGGAGCUCGAUGUCAAUAUGAUGUAAACGAAUGCCUAAUCGAAAAUGGAGGCUGUGGACAUGAUUGCGUGAACACGAUCGGCACAUUCUAUUGUCGAUGUUGGCCGGGAUUUCAUCUGAAUCGAGAUGGGCAUACGUGUGAUGACAUCGAUGAGUGCGCGGCUUCGAAUGGCGGCUGUUCUCAUCGAUGCAUAAAUACACCUGGUGGACACAGAUGCGAUUGUCCGCCCGGAAAAAUGCUCCAUUCAAAUGGUCGAAAGUGUGUCGAGUUGAACACAUGUGAGGCAGAUAAUGGAGGAUGUGAGCACAUUUGUGAGGAAAGAGAACGGAAAAUGUAUCGUUGUCGUUGCAAGAAAGGCUAUCGACUUGGUGAUGAUGGAAGAAAAUGCAUUCCUGUCGAUCCGUGUUUGGUAGAUAAAGGUGGCUGUCAGCAUCAUUGUGUGAAUGACAAUGGACGAGCUAGGUGUCAAUGCUUUGGUGGAUAUCGCCUUGGAUCCGAUCGAAGGACGUGUGUCGAUAUUGAUGAAUGUCAACUCGGCUUGGGUGGAUGCCAACACGAUUGUGUGAACUCGUAUGGAGCUUAUCGUUGCAAAUGCCGCCAGGGUUUCCUUCUUGCAGAGGAUGGUCGAAGUUGUGAAGAGAGAAUGGGCGGAUGUCAGGUCGGAAAUGGUGGUUGUCACCAUGAUUGCUACGAUCAACCGGGUGGUCAUCAUAUAUGCAAAUGUCGACAAGGAUCACAGUUGAUGGCUGAUGGAAAAAGUUGCAAAGGACAAUGCCACAAUUUGUGUAUCGAUUAUUUAACCGGAGAGAUUCGAUGUGUUUGUCGAAAGGGUUUCCUCCUCAAUCAACUCGAUCGUCACAGCUGUCAGGAUAUCGAUGAAUGUCAAACGGAAAACGCUGGCUGUUCUCAAUUAUGUGUGAACACUGCUGGGAGUUUCCAUUGUGAAUGCAAACCGGGUUUCAUGCUCACUUACGAUGGGAAAACUUGUGAAGAUAUCAAUGAGUGCGUGAACAACAAUGCGGGAUGUCAAUUUGAGUGCCGAAAUAGGGAUGGGGAUUAUGAAUGCAUUUGUGAAAAGGGAUCCGUUUUGGCUGAAGAUAAACAUACUUGUCAUGAUGUGAACGAAUGUCUGGCAAACAAUGGUGGAUGUUCUCAGUUGUGCCGAAAUGUGAAUGGUGGUCAUCGAUGCGAGUGUUUCAGUGGCUAUCUAUUAGGAAAUGAUGGAAGAAUGUGCAUUGCGGCCGUUGAAGGCAAUAAUGUUCAAUUAAUGAAUCAUGUGCAUCCACAAGAAAAAGAUGAGACAAUGAUUGGGGAUCGAAGUCUCGAUGAUUUGGUUGAUUCACUUGAAGUUGAUGGUUUCUUCCGUAUACAUCCUCCAGAUCUUGAUGGAGAAAGAGAUCUCAAUGCAAUCACUUUGAAUCGAAAACGAAGAGAAUGCGAGAACGGACAUUUUGGACCAAAUUGCCAAUACUCGUGUGAUGAUUGUCAAAAUGGAGCCACUUGUUCGCCAGCACAUCCAUCGUGUGAAUGCACUCCCGGAUACACGGGACCGACUUGUGAGGAUUUGUGUCCAGAUGGCACUUGGGGCGUCGGUUGCAAUAACGUUUGUGGAUGCAAGGAUUCUUCUCAUUGCGAUCCGAUCACCGGCUCUUGCAAUUGCAACUCCGAGAGCUGUUUGUCGAGUCCAUGCAAGAAAGGCUUCUAUGGCCCUCAAUGUGCCCUUCCUUGUCGAGCCGAGUGUCCAUCAGGUGGUUGUGAUCCGGUGUUUGGCGAUUGUCCUUGUCCUCCUGGGAUGUAUGGCCCAAAGUGUGACCGUGGCUGUCCAUCAUUCUCCUUCGGUACAAAUUGUCGUCACUCGUGUCGUUGUGUUCGCGAGAACACACAAGUUUGUGAUUCAAAGACUGGAAAGUGCAAGUGUAAAGCCGGUUUCUACGGGCCUUUCUGCAAAAGACCGUGUCCUUUCGGUUUUUAUGGACCUUUGUGUGCAAAGAAAUGUUCAUGUCCAGAUGGGACUCGAUGUAAUCCAUCUGAUGGAGAAUGCUCGCCCGAAUGCGCGCCCGGUUUUGUUGGAGCCGAUUGUUUACAGAAGUGCAUUCCCGGUUUCUUCGGUCGAGGCUGUGAGGGGAAAUGUGCGUGUGGACCGGAUCAACCGAAAGUUUGCCACCAUAUCACUGGAAGUUGUACUUGCUCUCAAGGGUACACUGGAGAUCGUUGUGAUACGCCUUGUCCUCCCGGUUUAUACGGAGCAAAUUGUGGAUCGGAAUGUCAGUGUAAACAUGGAGCGAUUUGUGACUCAAAGGAUGGAACUUGUGAAUGUCCACCUGGAUAUUACGGAGCAACUUGCUCGGAAGUUUGCCCCGCAGGCCGUUACGGGCGAGAGUGCAUGCGCAUUUGCAAUUGUCACAAUGGGGCCAAGUGUAGUCCAGUAGAUGGAAGCUGCACGUGUCAACACGGUUAUACCGGGAAAAGCUGUGAGAUUGGUUGUCCUCGGGGUACUUUUGGAGACAAUUGCUCAAAGCAAUGUGAAUGUGCCGAUCAUAUGACGUGUGAUCCAGUGGACGGGGAGUGCAUUUGCCCGCCCGGGAAAAGAGGACAAGAUUGCUCUGAAAACUGCUUGGAGGGGAUGUUCGGCGCUGGUUGUAAGGGUAAUUGUAGUUGUGCAAAUGGCGGGAAAUGCGAUUCGAGAAAUGGUGCUUGUAAAUGUUCAUCGGGUUGGCGGGGGAAAUAUUGUGAUCGUCCGUGUGCUGAUGGACAUUUUGGAGAGGGAUGUAAACAAAUUUGCGAUUGCUCGGCAUCAAAUGACACAGAGAUCAUGAAUCCAUUCUCGGCUCGUUGUGAUCACAUAACCGGCGAGUGUCGAUGUGCCGGUGGAUGGGCUGGUCCUGAUUGUGCUACUCCUUGCCCACCAGGAAGAUGGGGACCCGGAUGCAAGGCUGAGUGUAAGUGCUCAAAUGGAGCUAGUUGUGACAGAGUGACUGGCUACUGUGAUUGCCCCACUGGAUUCAUGGGAAAGAACUGUGAAACCGAUUGCCCAUCGGGACUCUUUGGUCCAAAUUGUAUCAAUCAUUGCUUGUGCAUGAACAACGAUGGAUGCAAUGCAAAGACGGGGAAGUGUAAAUGCAAUGACGGAUUCACAGGACCGGCUUGUGAAUUUUUGUGUCCGUUUGGGCAGUAUGGACCGGAAUGCACAAAGAAAUGCGAUUGUAUGAAUGGAGCGAGUUGCAAUCGGACGAGUGGAGAAUGCGCUUGUUUGCCUGGAUGGCAGGGAACGAGGUGUGAGAUCCCAUGCACAUCAGGACUCUUUGGGUUGAAGUGCGAAGAAGUGUGUCAAUGUGAGAACGGUGCCUCAUGUGAUCCAAUCAGCGGACAUUGCAGUUGUGCACCCGGGUGGAGAGGGAGAAAAUGUCAACGACCCUGUCUAAAGGGUUACUACGGUCGAAUGUGCUCUCAAGCGUGUAAAUGCUCAAAUGGACGACCAUGUGAUCACAUAACUGGAAGAUGUCAAUGCCCUCGUGGGUUCACCGGGCACAGCUGUACAGAGCUAUGCCCUGAGGGAACCUAUGGAGAUGCGUGUCGGCAUAAUUGCACUUGUGGAGAGAAUGAGGAAUGCGAUCCGUUGUCUGGGAGAUGUCACUGCAAACCUGGCCAUUCAGGGAAUGACUGUAAACAAGGAUGUAUCAUGGGCCGAUUCGGGGUGGAUUGUGAAGAAGAGUGUCAAUGUCAGAAUGGGGGUGUUUGCGAUCCAAGCAAUGGAGCGUGUAAAUGUCCACCGGGAUUAAUCGGUACUCGAUGUGAGGUUGAGUGCCCGGUGAAUCGUUUCGGAGAAAGUUGUGAGAAGGAGUGUCGUUGCGAGAAUGGAGGGACGUGCGAUCGAGCGAAUGGACAAUGCAAGUGUGCACCUGGAUUCACCGGGGUCGCUUGUGAGCAAGUUUGUCCGGAGGGUCGUUUCGGAGCCGGCUGCAAGGAGAAGUGUAAAUGCGCGAAUGGGGCACACUGUGAUCCGGCGCAUGGGCAAUGCAGAUGCAAUCUUGGCUACACAGGACCCUAUUGUGAGCAAUCGUGUUCGGCUGGAAAAUACGGAAUGAAUUGUAGCCUUGAUUGUGAAUGUCAUGGAGAUGCUAGAUGUGAUCCCGUGCAAGGUUGCUGUGAUUGUCCACCCGGCCGAUAUGGGACAAGAUGUCAAUUUGUCUGUCCAACGGGUUUCUUUGGAUGGUAUUGUUCACAAGCGUGUCACUGUCACAAUGGAGCAACGUGUGAUCCAGGAGAUGGACGAUGUCUCUGCCCUCCUGGAUUCAUUGGAGAUCAUUGUGAGAUUUCGUGUCAAAACAACACUUAUGGACCGGGAUGUCGCUUGGAGUGUGACUGUGGGGAAUUUGGGUGUCGAUCGAAUGAUGGCACUUGCGAGUGUCCACCCGGAAAAUCGGGACCAAAGUGUGAGCAGAAUUGCCGAUCUGGAAGAUAUGGGGAAGAUUGUAAGCACAAAUGUCAAUGCUACAAUGGAGCGUCAUGUGAUCGCCGAAUGGGGAAAUGCCAUUGCGCUCCCGGAUAUCUUGGACCGACCUGUCAAGUUGAAAUUAGAGACGAGAACAGCGUACCCGAUCGAGGGGAUUUGCCGGAUGAUUUUGAUCCGAAUAUCGAUUGGAAAAAGAGAAGAAGAAGAAAAAGAUCCGUUGAACCGUCUUUCAUUCUGCCAUUCACAAAUAUAACAAUGAAUUUUGAUGAGGAC